AUGAGUUCUAAUUGGUUCGAUAAGUGGCAGGAAAGAUUAUGCGCAGAAGAGGAAGAGGAUGAAGAAGAUGAAGAGAUGGAAAUGCAUGCAGCACAAGUUAUGACGACGGCAACCAGUUGGUUGGCAAAUGAACAACUCCGUCCACAACCGCAAUGGGGUGGGUCAGUUCCCAGGCGCAAAUACAUCUCUCGAUUUCAUUCGCAUGGGAUCGACGAUCUACUGGAAAAGUAUUUUGUCGAAAAUCCGGUCUACCCACCAGAAAUAUUCAGACGCCGCUAUCGAAUGAGGCGUGAAGUUGUCCUUCGCCUACUAGACGAUGUCCAGUCAACUAACCCCUGCUUUAGGCAAAAACGUGACAAUAAAGGGCAACUCGGCUUUUCACCUCAUGUGAAAUUGACUUGCGCACUCCGAAUGAUGGCUUACGGACAAGUGGCAGACUCUCUUGAUGAAAACUUCAUGAUGGCUGAAUCUACUGCUAUAGAAAACUUCAGUUUUGUCGUAUGA